CAUCACCACCCAAUACCAAUUGAUCCGUUGAUCUUCUCAUUCAACAUGUCUCCAAAGAACCCCUCCUUCGUCCUCCAAAAAGUCAACGAAGUCUCCUUCGAGGACCGUCCAAUUCCCCAACUAUCCUCCCCCUACGACGUCCGCGUCCAAGUCAAAGCAACCGGAAUCUGCGGUUCCGAUGUGCACUACUGGACCCACGGCGCAAUUGGCGACUUCAUCGUUAAAUCCCCCAUGGUCCUCGGCCACGAAUCAGCCGGGAUCGUCGUCGAGGUCGGCGAGAAAGUCAAGAACCUAAAGGUCGGGGAUAGAGUUGCGAUGGAACCGGGAGAGCCGUGUAGGUACUGUGAGUAUUGCAAGAGGGGCGACUACAAUGUCUGUAACGAGAUGAAGUUCGCCGCGACCCCGCCGUUCGAUGGGACACUGGCAAAGUACUACGUCCUCCCCGGCGACUUUUGCGUCCCACUCCCAGACGAGAUCAGUCUGGAGGAGGGCUCAACAGUUGAACCCCUCGCCGUCGCAGUCCACGUCUGCCGUCGCGCUCAAGUCAAACCCCACACCAAAGUCGUCGUAUUCGGUGCCGGACCCGUGGGACUCCUCUGUGCUGCCGUCGCCCGUGCAUACGGCGCCUCCGUCGUCGUGAGCGUCGAUAUCGUCGAGAAACGGGUCGAGUUCGCAAAGUCAUUCGGUGCGACACACGGUUUCAUCUCACCCAAACCCAACCCCGACGAAUCCAAAAUCGAAUACGCCCGCCGCGCCGCCUCCGCCCUAAAAUCCUCCCUCGACCUCGCCGUCGACGAAGGCUUCGACAUCUCCAUCGACGCAUCCGGUGCCGAGGUCUGUAUCAACACAGCCCUCUACUCCCUCCGCAAAAAGGGGCGACACCUCCAAGCCGGAAUGGGCUCCGAUACGAUUACGUUCCCAAUCGCGCACAUGACAGCCCAGGAAAUUGAGUUGGGUGGGAGUUUUAGGUAUGGAGCUGGGUGCUAUCGGGAUGCGGUUGAGUUGAUUCGGAGUGGGAAGGUUGAUGUUGGGAGGAUUAUUACGCAUCGGUUUGCGUUUGGGGAUGCGGAGAGGGCGUUUAGGGCUGUGAAGGAGCAGGAGGAGGGGUUGAUUAAGGCUGUUAUUGCGGGGCCAGAGUAAGCCUCUCAAGAAGUGAAUGUCACUUUUGGAGUGUUGUGUGGAGUUGACGGAGUUGUGUGUUUCGAGCGAGUUGGACC